UAUCCAACAACAGUAAAGUCUAUAAGUAAUAAAUAACAAUUGAAAAAAAUAAAUAAAAAUAAAAUACAUAUUUUUUGUUAAAUAAUACAUUUUUCAAAAUGAAUAAGCGUAUGCCUAGAAUAUCUGGGCCGAAAUUAACUAAAAGGCAAAAAGUUAGAUUAUUGGAGAUGAUGAAAGAUUCUCCAGAAUUGGAAUAUGGUAACCGUGGCGUUAGUUAUAUGAAAAAUGCGUGUGCUCGGGAAGGAGCUAUCAGAAGAUGGAAGGAAAUUGCGAAUGAAUUAAAUUGUAUGGAUGGCACUGUACACAAAGAAUGGCAAUCAUGGAGAAAGACAUGGUCGGAUAUACGAGCUAAAAUGACAGAAGAUUGGUCCUCAGUCGUAAAUACCUACUUAAAAGAAAAUACAAUGCGUGGUAAUAUAACGAAUUCAUAUAUUAGUGAUGGGACAAAGCAUACCCAAAAAUCAAACUAUACUAGUGAAAUGUUUUUUGAUGGUUCUUAUAAUCAUUCAAAAGACGAACAAGAGUUUGGAGAUUUCAAUGAAAAUUCCUCAUUUACUAAUGAAAAAUCAAUGAGGAGAAUAACUACAGGAAAGAACCUUGAAUCGGAAUCGCUAGUUGAACAUGAUAAUCCAAUUACCAAAACUGAAUACAAUAGUGAAGAGGAGGAUGCUGGUCUAUAUGUGAUACAAACUAAUUCCAACCAGCAAAAUAUUGAACAAAAUCCUAGUAAUGAUCACAAAAGGAAAAAGAAGAGAUCGCAUAACAAUUACAAAAAAGAAAAAAUUUCAUUGUCUCACCUCAUGCAUCAGUAUAUAAAUAAAAAAGCUAAAGUGAAAGAAGAAUAUUAUUCAAGGAAGUUAUUGCUUUUAGAACGAGACGUAACAGCUAAAGAAUCAAUAGCAUCAUCUUUAAGAAUUUUAGCAGAAGGAAGAUCAGAUUUAUUUCAAUUACCUUAAAAUAAUUAUAAAUUUAUUUUAGUUAUUACUUUUAGACAUUUAAAAUAGUUUAAAAUAUUUUAAAUAGACACAAGUAAAUGGUGAUGUAAAUGGUACAUUACAUUGAAAUAACGUAAUGUACAAUAAAUAUGUAAUACAUAUAACAAUGUGCAUACAUAAAUUUGAGUAGAUAAGCAUAUUUUUGAAAGGUAAUAUAAAUUAGUAAAAUACAAUUAAAAAUAUAAAUUGAAUGUACACAUACAGAAACAGUUUUAAGAUAUAUUUUCCAAAUUUCUUAUUUCGUUAGGCUUAGGAGUAAAUCAAGAAGCUAACUUCAAACUUUUUUUUAAUAUGUGUUACGUUGCAUUACAUAACUUGUGUUUUAAGGCUAGAAUAACAAACCUUUCUUUAUACAUAUUUGCUAUGUAAAAAAUAAAUAGAAACAUUUUAUUUAAUUAAAAAAACAUUUUAUAUUCCCAAAAAUUUUUUAGAACAUAUAAUGCUGAAGAAAGAUAAUUUUAUUUUAAAAAUAUGUACAUAUUUAGUGAUUUAAGUGACUGCCUAUGUACAUAUUUAGUGAUUUUAAAUACUAAAUUGAACUCAUAGAUUAAGCUAUUAUAAUUUAAAUAUUUUACCUUAUUUA